GGAUGAAAAAGAAGUUUUUUUCGUGGGAUGAGUGUCUUAACUUGCGGGAAGUAAAGACACUGAAGCGUCUCAAUCAUCCGAAUAUUGUGAAGCUUCGUGAAGUGAUUCGGGAGAACGAUGAAUUGUUCUUUGUUUUUGAAUACAUGAGGGAGAACUUGUAUGAAAUGAUUAAGCGCAGGACCAAGCUAUUUCCUGAAGAAGUCGUGCGCAACAUUAUGUGGCAAGUGUUAGAUGGACUCGCUUUUAUGCAUAAACAAGCGCACGUGAUAAAACACUUCAAUGCACUCCUUCCCGUUUUUCAAGGUUUUUUCCAUCGUGAUAUGAAACCUGAGAACCUCCUCUGUAACGGACCGGAUACGGUGAAGUUGGCUGAUUUCGGUUUGGCUCGUGAGAUCCGAUCUCAACCACCGUAUACAGAUUACGUGUCUACUCGAUGGUAUCGUGCUCCUGAGGUCCUGCUGCGUUCCACCAGUUACAACUCGCCGAUCGAUAUGUUUGCUGUCGGGUGCAUAAUGGCAGAGGUGUACACUUUCCGUCCUCUGUUCCCAGGCAGUUCGGAAAUUGAUAUGAUCUUCAAAAUCUGUUCUGUUCUUGGCACUCCCACCAAGAGCGAUUGGCCCGAAGGUUAUCAAUUGGCCGCCGCCAUGAAUUUCAAGUUUCCACAAUGUGCUCCGUCAUGUCUCCGAACUCUAAUCCCCAAUGCCAGUAGCGAGGCUGUUCAGCUGAUCGGGGAUAUGAUUGCAUGGAAUCCAAAGCGUCGUCCAACAGCUCGUGAAGCUUUGAGGCGCCCUUAUUUCAAACCGAUUCAGUCAGUUGUCAGGAUCAAAGGUACUGAACAUAAAGGUGAUGGGUCCUUCCACCACCCUUUCGUCCCUGCAAAAGUAGAUAAUGCUGCCCCCAUCAUAUCCAAACCGAGCCUCGUGGCUUCCAAGCGUGAGCCAGUGAAACCUCCCGCUGAUACCACUGAUGAGCCACUAGUGACCCCGAUCAAUGAAGAGCCACAAGAGGCGGUCGCAAAAGUACACAGUGAAUCAGAUUCAUCUAUUCCAAUGGAUGCAGCUACCUUGUCAGACGCCCUCUCCGAUAGCAUAGAAGACGUGCUAAAGGAUGCUAGUCCUUUCCACCUAAAAACUGAAGUCUAUGGCAAGGGCAUUGUCGUAACCCCACCCUUACCAGUUUCUACGGAUAUCGCUUCAACUGUGACCAAACGGUCCACGAACCACAAUACUGAGGACCUAGAACUUAAAGGUGUUGAUGCGUUUGGUGACCGCCUUUUGGCUGAAUUGCUUGCAUCGGAAGAGGAGUUACAAGACAAAAGACACGAUGUGCCACCCGUUAUUCCAGAUACGAACAACGAACUUUUUGGUGGGACGGUGGACAAAAAGUUGGGUCGCCGAAGAUUGGCGGAUCCGGAUUUCCAGGAUGUCAUCGAUGACUGGGAUCUCGACCAACUUUUGGAUUCCAGACCCCCCAAAAAACUUGUUGCACCAAUGGGACAGCAGAGAAAUGAUAACUUUGCCUGUCGCACGUGUGAUGAUCUGGGUGUUCUGAAUCCUUCUGCUUCGACUGAGCCUUUGCACGCAGAUGUGUUGUCCAAGUUGGACUCGCCCUUUCUGGAGUUACCGGACCUGGCGCGUCAGGCCAAAGAAAGACACGAAGGACGCUCUGCUGCCGCAAGGUCGCAAAAUGAAGUUACUGGACUCCCAAAGCGCUACCCUCUUGAUAUUGACGAAAUACUUGAUUCCGUAUCUUUCAUCAAGCGAGGCAACGGUCUUUUGAAUCACGGUAGUCGGCAUCCACUUUUUAAAGGCCAGCAUGUUUCAGCUUCAUCAUUCUACAAAUCUCAAGCACGCUACCUUCCAGGUCAUGUCACCAAACUCGGCCCACCUUUGGCCCCAGAUACCGGGUUGUUCAAAGACUGGCACAAGGAAAAUCAUCCUGAUUCAGUUAAUCCAUAUUCUACUGGACCAUUUUCGGGAUUUUUGGAUUUUGGACCUCCUGUACGACAACUUCCCUCUCAUGGCAGACGAGCUCCGAACGGUACCAGUGGUCCGAUUUUACACCGAACCGCACUCAGUGUGCCAAGGGGACAACCCAAUCAAUCGGCCUACCGAACACAUGUUGGAUACGGUAAUAACGCAAAAUCUCGCGUCGUAGGGGACCCUGUGCUCAAUGCUCAAAUGGUGGAUACAGAAUUCAGCACUUCUGACACGCGGAAGGCCUUAAAAGUCGGACGGUCCGGGAAAAUUUCUGUUGAUGAUAUGCUCUACUUGGUCCGACGAGAUCCCAAGAAGUUUUCACGUGUCAAAGAACUUCUCCUGCUAAGUGAAGAGCUUCGUCGUGCGCGAAAGGCAUUUGAGGAAGAUGAAUUUGGUGUGCUGAAAUAACGGGUUGUUUUCGAGGUGUAAUUAAACAGCAGCUGUAAAUAGACUUAUUUCCUAAUCUCAACAUGUUUCACACAACAGUGACAGAAUAAAAACCAAGUACCCUUG